CGUGUUUUAAACAAUGAAUUAUUAUUGUUUAUUUUUAGGCCCAGUGUGUCAAUAUAACAUUGACGAUUGUCUCAGUAAUCCUUGUCAAAAUGGUGCAACUUGCCAAGAUUUAAUUGCCAACUAUACGUGCCACUGUAUACGAGGUUUCACAGGACGUAACUGCGAAACUAACAUUGACGACUGUGCGGAUGACUUUUGCCAAAACAAUGCUACAUGUAUUGAUGGAAUUGAAGAAUUUAUUUGCCAGUGUUUACCUGGAUUCAGAGGAAGAUUAUGUGAAGAUGAUGUAAAUGAAUGCCAGUCAGAACCUUGCAUGAAUGGUGCUACAUGUUUUGACCAAAUUGCCCAUUUUACUUGUCUUUGUGCUCCUUCGUUUACGGGAGAUCUCUGUGAAACUGAAUUGUCCCAGGAUUUUUUUCUUGUGUUUCCAUCAUCUGGAACAUUAGAUUUUCUUCAACUAGAAGGUUUUCAACAUCCUUUGGAUCAUGUUACAGUGUGCCUUUGGAUGACCACAGUUGACAAGCAUAACUAUGGAACUCCCCUCUCUUAUGCUAAUGAAACAGUUGAUAAUCUUUUCACUCUUACCGAUUACAAUGGAUUUGUAUUUUAUAUAAAUAUGCAAGAAGUGGUGACAGAUGUGACUGCUAAUGACGGUAAAUGGCAUCACAUAUGUGUAACUUGGUCUUCACCAACUGGAGCAUGGAGUAUUUAUAAAGAUGGUGAACAGGCAGAUAAAGGGAUAGGAUUAGCAGUAGGAACCUUUAUACCAAGUAGGUCAAAUUAAACACAAUAUUAAUUUUUAUAAACUUAGUAAUUACAAAAUUGUAGAAAUUUAUUUUAUAAAAAGUAUUUUUAACUUAGUUAUAUUUUCAAAACUCCUAUUUGUUUUGAGAAAUACAGUAAAAUUGUUAUGUUGUUUCAUGUAUUGCACAUAAACUAUUAUUGUAUAGUGUAGAUUGGCAUAUCUAGAAACCCAAAAUAUUAGUUAAUUUCAAUUGACUUUUGCUGAGUUUAUAAGAUUCAAUUUGCCUCUUGAAUCAUGCAUUUGAGGUAGUAAACUUGAACCAUAGAACUGCUUAUGUGAACAAAGAAGAAGAGAGAACAAAAGAAUAUGUAACUUUAUUUGACAGAAAGCCAGUUGAGAAAGGGAAGAAUAUAAAGAUGAUUUAAUACAUAAAAAAUAUAAAUUCGACUAUUAACAAAGCUAAAAACUUUGUAUUUGUCCUUCUUUUCGCCGUUCUCACCAU